AUGCAUAUCAAUCUCCUAUCUUUAAUAUUAUUAUCAGUAUUAUCAAUCCAAUUGUCAUCUCUCAAAUUUCUUCAAUUAUCCGACUUUCACUACGAUGUGGAAUACAAUAGUAAUGGCAUAGCGAAUCAAAUGUGUCAUGAAAACUCGAGUCAAGCCCCAUCAAUACCAUUGGGACAGUUCGGCGACUAUUUGUGUGAUUCACCUGCCAAGCUGAUCGAAAAUGCAGUUGCAGCCGCGGCUAAAGUAAUUGCAAAUCCAGAUGUUCUACUGUGGACGGGGGAUAACGUACCACAUAUUGAGGAGUACAAUGAGGAAUGUACGUUGAUUUUUUUGAAAUUAUUGUUAAGAGGGGGGGGUGCUUUUGGAUAACGUUUCUGAGAUAAGUAGGCUUGAAUCAACGCUGUCAUGUUGUUAUUAUGGGUUGAGAGGGGGGGGCUGAGUAAUAAUGUAAGGAAAACGUAAUGACAGGCUUGGCACGUUAGGUUUUCUACCGUAGAACAUCAUAGUUUAUAUAGCAUAAGGUUUAUGCUAUUGUAGGGCUGGGUAAGAGGCUGGUAAGAUAAGAUAGAGUAGGAUAGGGUAGGGCUCGUUAGAGGUAUAAUAUGAGUUGGGGCAGGGUAGGGUAAAGCUGUUGAUAGGAGUACGGUAGACUGGAGUAGGGUAGGAAACGUUACGGUAUGGUAGGGUAUGGUUAGUUAUGUUAGGGCAGGGUAGCGUAGGGUAGGGUAGAGUAGGGUAGGGUAGGGUAGGUAAGGUAGGGUAGGAUAGGGUAGGGUAGGGUGGGGUAGUGUAGGGUAGGGUAGGGUAAGGUUGGGUAGGGUACGGUAAAUAAAUUGACUUUGUUUAUUUUCAGACGUCAAAAAUGCCUUACAAUUUACAACGAGCACUAUCCAGAGGUAUUUCAAAGACGUGACAGUCUUACCAACUUUAGGAAAUCAUGACAUGACACCUUCAAAUCAAUUCGGUGAAAACGACAAGGUUUAUGAGAUUACUGUAGAACUGUGGGAUAAAUGGUUGACUGUCGAAGAAAAGGUAAGAACUUUCUUUACAAUACAAAAAAUGACAAGAGCUUGCUUUACAGAUUAAAAAACGGCAAAAAAUUUCUUUACAAACCAAGAAAUGGCAAGAACUUUCUUUACAAAACAUAAAAUGGCAAGAACUUUCUUUACAAACCAAGAAAUGGCAAGAAAUGUUUUUACAAAAUCUUAAAUACUAUUAUAUUUCAGAAAUUGUACAGAUAUGGUGGAUAUUACAGCCGUGUCAUCAAUAAUGAAUACUUUUUGAUCUUGAACACCAAUCUGUACUAUACAUAUGACAAAAGAAACUUCACUGAUCCAGCUGACCCAGCCGGCCAAUUUGCUUAUACCGAAAAGAUAUUGGAGCAAGCUCAGAAGAACAAAGUGGCGGCUCAUAUCAUUGCUCACAUACCACCUGGAUGUAAGCUGAAUAUAGUUUUUGGUAGGGUGGGGCAAUUUAAUUUAGGGUAGGGUUGAGAAAGGUGGGGUAAUGUGGGUAAUGCUAGGUGAAAGUAUUGUACCAUAGAGUAGAGUAGAGUAGAGUAGAGUAGGGUAAGAGUAGAGUAGGGUAGAGUCAACAAGUUAUUAUGGGGUACUUGCAGGCUAUGAGUAUGAGUACUGUAGGGUAGGGUAGGGCUCGUUAUGGUGGUGUUGUAAGGCAAAGAGAAAGUAAAUUACGGUACUGUUGUGUUGUUAGGUGCUACGGUAACAGUGGGGGUAGGGAAGGUAGGAUAGGGUAGAGUAUGACAGGGAAUGGUACGGUAGAGUAGUUUUAUGUAGGCUAGGGUAGGGUAGGGUAGGGUAGUGUAGUAUAGGGUAAGUUAGGGUAGGGUAAAGUAGAGUAAAGGUGUUGUACGGUAAUAUAGGGUAGGAUAAGGAUGUGGGUAAGGUAAUGUAACACUAUAUGUGAAAUGUUUUUGUUUUAGUAUACGAACGAGUACCAGGCACCAAGUGGUUCACGGACGCUUCCAACAAACGUUUCAUGGACAUUUUGACCAAGUACAAAGAUACAAUCAAGCUGCUGGUGUUUGGACAUCAUCAUGGUGACACUUUUCAUGUGAUUCGAGAUGACAAAGACAACCCUAUCAAUGUCGCCUACAUCUCGCCGGCCGUGACUCCAUGGUACAGUGGCUUGGGCUUUGGUGCCAAUAAUCCCAGCUUUAGGAUUUUUGAUUAUGACGAAAAGAAGGCGGUCUUGAAUGAUGUACUGUAAGUGAAAGUUUUAUGGUUUAGAGGGGGGGGCGAGUGGGUUUGGUGCUGUGGGGUAGGGUAUGGUAGGCGGAGGGUAGGGGGGGGAAGAAAAGUAUGGAAAGGGGAUGGGGAGUAGGGUAGGGUAAGAGGAGGGCGGCAAAGCAGAUUGGGGUAGGCAUGGGUGUGGUUGGGGGUGGGAACGGGUUGGGUGCUUUUGGGGGGGGGGUAUGUUAGAGUAGGGUAAGGUAGAGCAAAUUAGAAUAAAAAAAACUUUUUUGUUUGAAAAGUUUAAAACUAAGCCUAAGAUUUAAGCAUAAGUCUUAAAAUCUUAAAAUAAGCUCAAAAGCGUAAGCCUAAAACAUAUUUUUUUGCUUAUACUGCCCUGAUCAAGGCUUACGUCAAAAAUUAAAAAAAGAUUUUCAGGACCUACAAUGUCAACUUGACAGCUCUCAACCAAGAUCAAAACACCCUCUGGGCUUUGGAAUACUCACAUAAAGAAGCCUACGGAAUGAGCGACUUGAGCGCUGCCAGCUACGCCAAUUUGGUCGACGGAUUCUCGAAGAACGAAACAUUGUUUCAGAAAUACAUGUUGUACAACACGGUUAGUACUGAUGACAGCGUACCAAAUGGGACUAUUAGGUAUGUUGGUUUUUUGAAAAAUUUUUAACUGGUGCACCUACCCCUACCCCUACCCCUACCCCUACCCCUACCCCUACCCCUACCCCUACUCCUACCCCUACCCCUACCCCUACCCCUACCCCUACCCCUACCCCUACCCCUACCCCUACCCCUACCCCUACCCCUACCCCCUACCCCUACCCCUACCCCUACCCCUACCCCUACCCCUACCCCUACCCCUACCCCCUACCCCUACCCCUACCCCCUACCCCUACCCCUACCCCUACCCCUACCCCUACCCCUACCCCUACCCUUACCCCUACCCCUACCCCUACCCCUACCCCUACCCCUACCCCUACCCCUACCCCCUACCCCCUACCCCUACCCCUACCCCUACCCCUACCCCCUACCCCCUACUCCUACCCCUACCCCCUACUCCUACCCCUACUCCUACCCCUACCCCUACUCCUACCCCUACCCCUGCCCCUAUUUCUACUUCUACCUCUGCCUCCACCUUUACUUCAACUUUUAUUUUUACCUUUUACCUUAACUAUACUAACUUCAGGACUGGUCAGCUAUGUUCGCUUAAUCAUGCCGACUAUGAGAAGUACGAAAAAUGUUUGAAAGGAUCUUCAGCUUUACAUUAUUCUUCAUGGUUUAUUGUAACUCUAUUUGUGCUAAUUUUAAACUUUUAA